AUGGAGAUCUCUUCCCACCAGUUUCACCUCCUCGAGCAGCUAAACGAACAGCGGAAGCAAGACUUGUUCUGCGACUGCAAUAUCCUGGUCGAGGGAAAGGUGUUCAAAGCACAUCGCAAUGUGCUGUUUGCCAGCAGCGGCUAUUUCAAAAUGCUGCUUUCGCAGAGCUCGAAGGAGACGAGCCAGCCGACAAUAGCGACUUUUGAGGUCUUCUCUCCAGAGACAUUUAUGGUUAUCCUGGACUUUGUGUAUUCAGGCAUAUUGUCUUUGACCGGUCAGAAUGUGAUCGAAGUCAUGUCAGCUGCUAGCUAUCUGCAGAUGACGGAGAUUCUGAAUGUCUGUAAGACAUUCAUUAAGUCCUCGCUGGAUAUUAACGAAAAGGAGAAGGAUCAUUACCUCAGCCUUUCGGCCAAAAGUACAAACAGUGAACCUGCCCGUCCAUCUCUCUAUCGCUCCAGAAGGAAAGCAAAGAGCAACCCGAGGCGUUCCUUUUCCAUCCCGGAUGAAAAGACUAGCACGGUGAAUGAAAAUUCCUGGAGCGGUUACAGCAGCUACCUGUCCUCCCAGGUGAUUCUCCGGCAGGCAGAAACACAGCUAUCGAAAAGGGGCAGAAAGCAGGGCUCAACGCGAAAGCGCCGAAAGCACCUCGGACUGUCACAGACCCGCGAGCUUGUGCCGUGUAAAUUGAGCAAAGCCGAGCGGGCCAGUGGAGGAGGCAGUGCAUCAGAUUCCAGCCACGUCUCUCGCGUUAGAGAGGAGGCUGGAUUUGAUGCCGAGAAUGAUGCUGAUCACAAUGAUUAUGGAUACAACCACGAAUCAGAAGUGAUACCGAAGAGGUGGUCUGUUGCUCAGCUAGAACAAGAACUUUCAAGAACUCCUGAGUUCAUGGAAUUAAAAGCAGAGGAACUGUACACCUCAAUGCCCACAAUUUUAGGUGUAAUGAGUAGUUGGAAUGAAGAUGACUUACCUCGGAUGCGAUUCAAAUGCCCCUUCUGUACGCACACAGUGAAACGACGCGCAGACCUGAAGCGGCACCUUCGGUGUCACACAGGGGAGCGACCGUACCCAUGCGAAGCGUGUGGGAAAAGGUUCACCCGACUAGAGCAUUUACGCAACCACUUCCAAACGAUACAUCAAGCUGGCAAACUGAUCUGCAGAAAAUGCAAGUAUCACGUAACCGACCUAACAGGAUGUGUUGGAACAAGACGCUACAGACUGUGCCAUAAGUGUCUGGUAGAAGCUAAUUUUGACAGCGUCCCUGACGAUUUAGAUGCAGAACAUUCUCCCAUCUCCUCCACAGGAAACAAACAUUCCAAAUGGGCUUUGGAGGAGGAACAGAAAUCCGAUGAAGAGACAAUGGAGGAGGAACCGUAUAAUUUGGUUGUCCGACAUGUUAAUAAUGAUAUUCCAGAUGAGGCAGAUGAAAAGGUGAAACCAAAUCUUAGGUAG